AUGCUGAUGUCGACCGGCGGCCCAUCCGGAGAGCUCGAUCUAAGAGUGACACCCCCUACCUCACCGAGACCAGGCUCUCAUACACCCUGCAGACAGCAGAGGGGGCAGAGAGACUAGCUGCAAUGCGUUCUGAUUCACUUGUGCCCGGCACUCACACUCCUCCCAUUCGUCGGAGAAGUAAGCUAGCAAGCCUAGGACGACUCUUCAAGCCAUGGAAAUGGAGGAAGAAGAAAAGUGACAAGUUCAAACAAACAUCUGCAGUCUUAGAGAGAAAGAUGUCCACACGGCAAAGCAGAGAGGAGUUGAUCAAGAGAGGAGUGCUCAAGGAGGUCAACGAGAAUGAGGAGCUAGCAGUGGAGAGUGAGCACAUGUGCAUGUCUGAGUUGGACAGACUGCCAGUUAUUAGUCCUGUAUCUGAAUCCCAGGAAACAAAUGGAGAAGCAACAGAAACUCAGUUGUCAGGGGAAACAGGGGUGUGUCUAGCAGGCCACACCCCAAAGCCAAUUCCAUCCAUGCCCCCUGUAAAAGGCAUUCCACUACCAAGUGAUGGCAUGGACAUCCCCCUUACCAAACCAUUAGCUCUAAAGCAACCACCUGCCUUACCUCCGAAACCAUAUAGCAGAAUACCUAACCAUUUAACAGACCCUUUAGGAAAAUUCUCCCCACCACUUCCCCCCAAAAAAGUGAUGAUCUGUGAGCCGGUGCCCUCUUUCCAGCUCAGAUACCCACAGCCCUCAACCAUGCACGCACACUCCCUAACCCACACACACCCUUUGCAGCAUACCACACUCCCACUUUCCCUCCAUCCCCCAAGUCGUAUCAUCGAGGAACUUAACAAAACUCUUGUGUUUACCAUGCAGAGACUGAGUGAGAGUUCUGUACUGCAGGCUGUACCAUCAGUGCAAAUGGAGAGUGAAGAGGAGAAAGAGAACAGAGAUGCAACGCACCAAAUUCUGCCAAACGUUCACACUUUCAACACACAUCCCACCAACACACGCAUGUACAUCCCACCCACCCAUGAAGAUGAGGAGGAGGAAGAAGAAGAGGAAGAUGAUGACUCCUUAUUUACAAGUAGUCUGGCUCUGAGGAUCCUGAGGAAAGACUCACUUGCAAUAAAACUGAGUAACCGACCAUCAAAGAGAGAGCUGGAGGACAAGAACAUUCUACCCAUGUUGACUGACCAGGAGAGACUGGAGUGCAGACAGCAAAUUGGCACAAAACUCACACGAAGACUCAGCCAGAGACCAACUGCAGAAGAGCUAGAACAACGAAAUAUCCUAAAACCACGGAAUGAGCAGGAAGAGCUUGAGGAGAAGAGAGAGCUCAAGAAAAGGCUGUCACGGAAGUUGAGUCAAAGGCCGACAGUUGAGGAAUUGAGGGAGGCGAAAAUUCUUAUUCGGUUCAGUGAUUACGUGGAGGUGGCUGAAGCUCAGGACUAUGACAGACGGGCAGACAAGCCGUGGACCCGGCUUACUGCUGCAGACAAGGCUGCCAUAAGGAAGGAGCUCAAUGAGUUCAAAAGCACAGAGAUGGAGGUUCAUGAAUCAAGUCGACAUCUAACCAGGUUUCAUCGACCGUAGUGCUGAUUGCUGAGCAGAAGCACAGGGCAUUACCAAUGACAAAUUCACCUCUGGGAUAUACCAAGUCUAACGUGCUGGGAUCAAAGUGUACAAGGAUUGGAACUAAACGCAGAAACUAUAUUAGUAUUCCGAUCUGAUAUCAGGAGAAGAAAUAGGUGCCCAAGUUCCCAAGGUGAGCUGACUAGCCUAGAUUCAUCAAUCCCUGACCAAAUGAACUGUCAUGAAGUAUGUGUGUAUGUUCUGACUGAAAUGUGAAAUAUUAUUUUGUGCUCUGGCAGUACACUUAAAGUGAUACUGACACGUACAGGUCUCCUCGGUGUCAUUUUAUAGAUUUUAACACAAACUUUCAAUUUUCGAUGUAAUCGCAAGGUGUGGAGAUAAACUCAACAAAAUAAAACAUUUAAACCAUGAAGCGAUGCCUGGAAUUCCCUUCCCUUCCGCCGAGAAUGGCCCAAACCGGAAAUGACGUAGAUCGGGGAACCCCUGCCUGGAAGGCGCGCCAACAGAAAACAUUUUCAUGACCGAACAUGAGCUGUGUCCGAAACCACUCAUUCACAACUCCCUACUCACUCUCUAAGGAGUUCUAUAUAGAGGACUCUAUAGUGAGCUCAUUGGUAAAAUGAAAAAAACACUUUUGGACACUACUCCGCCGUGCCGUUAUGUCAUUACUGUCACACAAUUAAAAUGUGCCACAACAGUCGGCUGGUGGGUUUUCAAAAUAAUAAAUACAUGCAUGUAUUUUUGUGAUAAAUACAUAUUAUACUGAGCAUAUUUCCCACAUUAAUAAAUACAGAGUACUUUGUG